AUGACAUCAGAGAAAACUAGUCGGAGGAACUACAGCCAGUUCGCUUGCAUUGGCACUGGAUUCUCAGCCAUCUGUCUUGGGGCGACUCUGAAACGAUGGUAUGGCAUCAGCGACAUUCAGUUCUUUGAACGAUACUCUGAGUUGGGUGGCACAUGGUUUGGAAACAAAUACCCGGGGUGUGCCUGCGACGUACCAAGCGCUCUCUACAGUUAUUCUUUCGAGCCGAAUCCAAACUGGAGUCGCGUCUUGCCUUCGCAUGAUGAGCUUUGGAGGUAUCUAAAGCAAGUCGCCGACAAGUACCAUCUACCUCCCAAGAUGUCCUUCGGCAUGAACGUCGAAAAGUGCGAAUGGAUUGGUCAACUCAAACGUUGGCGCCUUCAUGUUCGACACAUCAACACGGAUAACGUUUUCAUCCACGAGUGUCCCAUCUUCCAUUCCUCUAAAUGGCGGCAUGACGUUGAGCUAGAGGACAAAAAUGUCGUGGUCUUUGGCAACGGUUGCACUGCAGCUCAGAUUGUGCCAUCCAUCGUCGGCAAGACGAAACAUCUCACACAACUCAUCCGAUCAAAACAUUGGAUUCUUCCGCCUAUUGACGGGGCGCAAACAGAUGCAAUGCGAAACAUCUUCAAGUACAUACCUGGGACUAUGACACUGCAGCGUUUCCUCGUUUUCUUAACAGCCGAGAACGAACUCAGAGGAUUUCCAAUGACAAAGUCGGCCGCCAAGUUCCGCCAAAACCGUCGCAAGCAGGCGGAGCAAUACAUGAGACGCACAGCCCCUGAGAAGUAUCACGGCAUGCUGAUCCCUGAUUUUGAGGUGGGCUGCAAGAGGAGAAUCUUUGAUUCCGGCUACCUCGAAGCCUUAAACUCUAAGAAUUUCACACUGACCAACACACCUGCUAUGGAGAUCGUGGCCAAUGGAGUCCAGACUGAGGAUGGUUUCGUCGAAGCAGACGUCAUUGUCAUGGCCAACGGAUAUAUCACAAACAAGUUUCUCGGUGGCAUAGAAGUUGUAGGGAGGAACGGGACACUGGACGAGCACUGGGAUUCAUUUGGUGGUGCGGAAGCUUACAAUUGUUCUUCCAUGAGUGGAUUCCCCAAUUUCUUCAUCCUGCUUGGACCCAACGCAGCGACAGGCCAUACCUCUGCGAUCAUGGCAGCAGAGAACAGUGUCAAUUUUGCACUGCGUUCGAACUCAAGCCCAAGGCUGAGAAGCUCUACGUCGACCGCAUCCAGCAUGAUCUUUCCAACACGGGAGUCCGGAAAAGGGCCAAACAUGGAACGCCAUGAGUUAUCCCUACUCGCAAGCCUAUUUCUGGUACCGGAGUGCGUUUCCAACCUGGAGCGACUGGGCGAUAUCUGUGAGUUCUUUGCUACAAGAUUCUUUGAGCUUUAA